AUGGGUUGCCAUGUUUCAGCUGAUAGUUCUAAUAGUUUUACGUGGGACGACUAUCUUAAGAAAACAAACGGUCGCCCGGCGAAAUUGGAGUGCUUUAAACAGUCUCUGGUUCCUCCGCCAAACUAUUUCGAGGUGAAUACCAUUCUAGAAGCGGAAGACCAACGUAGUGCAGCUCUUGUUCUCAAUCCAUAUUCAAACGAUUUAAUAAAAGCACGUUAUGCUAAUAAUUCUACUAGUAGUAAUCAACAGUUGUUGGAGACCCCAUGUAGAAGGUCGAGUCUGAAUCCUCACUCCAGUGGAACUGUCCGACGCUUCAGAGCAGCUUCAUUCAGUUUAGCGCGAGUGAUAGAAACGUGUGGUCCACGUUUGAGAAUACGUCUGGUUGGAACUGACGAUCGUAAUGAUUAUUGGUUCUUAGUUGACUCCGACCAAAUCAGACCUUAUCCUUCUGGAAGUUCACUACAACCGCCCUUUGGCUAUAUGCAUAAUCAUCUUGUGUGGAAUCGUACUCUUAAGAAAGCAACUGAAGGAACGCGUUUUGCGGAUCCUUCGUGGUUCAUUUCACAACCACCAGAUCCAGAGGAUAAUUACUUCCAAGUGAAUGACAAGUUAGAGGCAGUAGAUCGUAGAAACACUCAACUGAUAUGUCCUGCAUCUGUGGGCGCAGUGAACGGCCACCAUAUUUUGAUAAAUUUUGAUGGAUGGUCAGGAGCUUUUGACUACUGGGCUCGUUUCGAUAGUCGUGAACUAUUUCCUGUCGGUUGGUGUAAGUCAGCCAACUACCCACUUCAGCCACCUGGACCAAAUGUUAUACGCUCUCCAAUUAUUCAUUCAACCCCUAGUAUCUUGUAUGCUCAUAAUUCUGUUUCCCAAGCUCCCAGCGUCUCACCAAAAUAUCUAUCUAAAGUACUUACCAACAGUUGCAGUCGUAUCUCAAAGACAGACAAAACGUCUUCAUGUCCUCGUAAAAAGUUAGGACUUUCAAGAAGAAUUAAAUCGCAUGCAAAUUUAGUUAGGAGUAAUUUGCGUAACGAAACAGAAAGCUCAACACAUUUUAGGAAUCCUCGUGAGCUGUCAACAAAACAACCUCUAAGUAUGAGUUCAUUUUCUCCAGCCUUAUCAAAGCCAAAUCAUAAUAGCGUUGCUUCCGAACAUAUGGAUGUCAAUAAAAAUGAACGUGUUGAUUUGUUUGUGGAACCCAAUUCCUUGAAUACUUCACAGGUUGAUUCUUCCAUUCAGUCCUUGACAUCACCAGCCAUCGUCCCUCCUGUCUUAGAAGAUGCAAGUGAUUCUUUAAACACGUUUUACUCCUCAUCUCCCCCUGAACAUCCUCCACGGAUCGAAGCCUCUGAAUUUGUGAGAGAUUCUGCGGACGGGCGUCAUCGACGUUUCAGUAGCCCUUCCGAUUGCGUUGUGCGUCUUCAGGCGAAAUCGUCACUAAUGCCAGUGUCCAACGUGUUACAUCCAUAUGAGCCAGAACUGAAAUCAUGGAAAGUAGUAACGAAAACAAAGCAAAAAAACAAACAGCACAAACUGAAACGUCGCAGUGGAAAUUCAAAGAAGAAAUGUCCCGAAAUAAAACAGAAAUUCAAAAUAGCCAAUGACAGUUUAACCAAUUCGGUACUAUGCAACUAUGAGUAUGUUGAUUCAGUUUCUCCUCAACUGAAAGGCUUUUCCGAUAUGAGUCAAAACUAUGAAAAGUCAAUCGCUUAUCCAGAAGACAGUCCCAAUUUGUACAAAAAUGAAACUGCCAAUUCUACCGCUUUCUGCAAAAAUGAUUCUGCAUUAACGUGUACUCCUGUCUUCAUGGCAGAUAGAAAAAGUUUAUUUAAAUCGGAGAACGAUCGAACUAAUGGUUCAACCAUGGGGUCAAGCUUAGUCUUUCAAUCACAUAUCUCCCAUGAUAUCAUGCAUACGAAUGGCUGUUACUUUGAUGAAAUGAAUUCCCCUACUCAUGAUAAUUUAUCGGUUGAAACAUCCGAUUCACAUUUGUGGUUUUCUGGAAAGUUAGAAUCGAAUUCUAAUAAAUCUACUUAUCCUGUGUACGCUCAUCAAAAUGUUGAUAGUUUAGAUAGUCAGAGUCUAACUACACACCUUCCUUCGUCAACUGUGUCUCCUUCAUCACUGGAUUUAGGAUCGUUUCCUUUUCCUAAUCCUACUCAAUGGACCAUUGAAGAAGUUUACAACUACAUUACGGCUCGUGAUGCUACUCUUCUUGAAGCAGCGGAAAAAUUCAAACAUCAUGAAAUAGAUGGACAAGCACUUCUUCUUCUUAGCAUGGAAUCACUGCGUAAUUAUAUGAAGAUUAAAUUGGGUCCUGCUUUGAAAAUGGUUCAUCUUAUCAGUCGUCUAAAACGUGGGUUGUUGUAA